GAGCAGCGCUCCGGCCGGCGAUUGGCUGGAGGUUUGUUAACUAUUCAUAAGGGGGCUGGCCUAGCCGGGCAGCCUUUGUUAACCAGAGAGGGCGAGGCCGCGGGGAAUCUCGCUGCAGGCUUCACCGAGCGGUAGUUGGUUACGAGAUUGGGGUCGAGAUGUCCUACAUCCCGGGCCAGCCGGUCACCGCCGUGGUGCAAAGAGUUGAAAUUCACAAGCUGCGUCAAGGUGAGAACUUAAUUCUGGGCUUCAGCAUUGGCGGUGGAAUUGACCAGGAUCCUUCCCAGAAUCCCUUCUCAGAAGACAAGACAGACAAGGGCAUUUACGUCACACGAGUGUCUGAAGGAGGCCCUGCUGAAAUUGCCGGGCUACAGAUUGGAGACAAGAUCAUGCAGGUGAACGGCUGGGACAUGACCAUGGUCACACAUGACCAGGCCCGGAAACGGCUCACAAAGCGAUCGGAAGAGGUGGUGCGCCUGCUGGUGACACGGCAAUCUCUGCAGAAGGCUGUGCAGCAGUCCAUGUUGUCCUAGCAGCUGCCACAGCCCACAACUCGUGCCUGGCUGCCUCCUUGUACAAUGACACCACUUUCACACUGUCUGCCCCUCGUCCUGGCUUCUGCUGAGUGCUGGGUCUCAGCUCAGAAUGGCCCCAUCUGAUCCCAGAGGCCUGGCCCAGCUUUCCUUCCCUCUCCCAUCCCUGGCCCGAGGCAGUGGGACCAGCUCUUUCCCUCGGACACCGAGGAUUGGAAGCCAGGGCCUGGAGCCAAGUGGUAGCCAGUCUGCAGCAACCACAGGCUCAGCCCCUAGACCCUGCUGCCUGGCCAUAGAAGUGUCCUGGGUGAGUGGGAAACACCACUUCUUGGGAGCUGCCAAAGCUGGGAAAUGGCAGUUGGGGCUGGCCUUUCCCACUGUGCCCUGGCUGCAGGGCUUGGCACAGCAUGUGUCCACUCUGCAGUGCCUGUGCCCGUGGUCCUCCCUAUGUUGCCCAGCGGGAGACUGGACACACUGUUGGAGGUACCACAGAGGUGUGCCAGGUUGGAAGGAGGCAGGCUCCCCACUAACCCCCACUCCCCAGGGGUGCUGGCCUCCCCAGGUUUGUCUGCUUACAGGAUGUAGAUGAGGCUCGAGGCUGACAUUCAGGGCAGUUCUCAGGAUUGCCAUUUCCUCUAUGCCUGUGGGUUUAACUUUUGUAUUUUUUUAAUCACAACUUUGAUACAGAAUGUUUUUUAUCUUAUUCUUUGGAGAUGCCAAUUCUACUUUUGAAUUUUGCUUACUAAUUCACAUCUGGGAACAACUACUCUUUGCAAGUGCACAAGCCUUACUUUGGUUAUUGUGAAAAUGGGGCAGCGGGACGCUGCCCCCCACUGCCGUUGUGUGCCCAAUAAACAAUGCUGGAAUUCACAA